AUGUGGAAUCUUUCCCGAUUCUUCAGUGGUGCACCAGAGCCACCACAGCCAACAGAGCCCAAAUGGAUCGUUGAGGAGCGUUCUAUCGAUGAGGCUCGCCCUAUUCGAGUUGUCGUUAUUGGAUCCGGAAUCUCUGGCAUUAUCGCCUCCAUCCGAUUUAGACAGCGGAUACCCAAUCUGGAUCUCUGUGUGUAUGAGAGGAACGAAGACAUCGGUGGUACCUGGUUUGAGAACAGGUACCCAGGUUGUGCAUGUGAUAUUCCUGCCCACACAUAUCAGGCUACCUUCGAGCCCAACAAGGAAUGGUCAACGUUCUACGCCAAAGCCCCGGAGAUUCAUCAGUACUGGAAGCGUGUGGCAGACAAGUAUGAUUGCAACGAACACGUCAAGCUAAAACAGCAAGUGGUGGACGCAGUCUGGAAUGAAGACCAAAGCAAGUGGCAGCUGCAGGUCCAAGAUAUUGAAAGUGGCUCGGUAUACUCGGACAAAUGCGAUGUGUUGAUUUCUGCCACGGGGGCGUUGAAUGAAUGGAGAUGGCCUCAGAUCCCGGGUCUCCACGACUUCAAAGGAAAGCUAAUGCACAGUGCCCGAUGGGAUGAGAACUAUGAUUACGCUGGGAAGAGAGUUGCUGUCAUUGGAAAUGGAUCCAGCGGCAUUCAGAUUGUACCCGGCAUGCUUCCCAACGUAACGCACCUCGAUCAUUACAUCAGAGGACGAACAUGGUUGUCGCCCACCUUUGCCAGAAAUCACAUCGAAGAACGGGGGGAAGAGUUAGAAAAUUUCUCCUUCACCCCAGAAGAAAUUGAGACAUUCAAAAAGGACCACCAGGCCUACCAGAAAUUCCGUAAAGAAAUUGAAUUGGAACUGCAGUCGGUCCAUGGUGCAACGCUCAAGGGCACACCGGAACAGAUCGGAGCCAAGGAAGUUUUCCUGGAGAAUAUGAAGCGACGCCUAUCGAGGAAGCCGGAGCUUGUGGAUGACUUGAUUCCAUCGUUCCCACCUGUCUGUAGACGACUGACACCCGGUCCUGGAUACCUCGAGGCCUUGACAGAUGAAAAGGUGGAAUUGAUCACUUCAGAAAUUGUCAAGGUUGAUGCGGAAGGUGUCAUCACUGCUGACGGAAAGCAUCAUCCCAGCGAUGUGCUUGUCUGCGCCACUGGAUUUGAUACGUCGUUCACCCCUCGUUUUCCCAUCAUCGGUCGCAACGGAGUGUCUCUAGCUGAACGAUGGAAGGAGACCCCAGAAACCUACUUGGCCAUGGCAGUUGACGGGUUCCCGAAUUAUUAUAUCAGUCUGGGACCAAAUGCAGCGCUAGGAGAGGGCAAUUUGUUGGUCCUGAUCGAAAAGGAACUGGAUUAUUUCACCGAAUGUGUGAUGAAGAUGCAGCGCGACAUGGUCCGAUCCAUGUGCCCUCGCAAAGAAGCCGUCAAGCGCUUUUCCAAGUAUUGUGACCAGUACUUUUCACGGACAGUGUUUAGUGAAAAAUGCCGGAGCUGGUACAAGGGAGGAAAGGAGGAUGGAAGGGUGACUGCAUUGUGGCCUGGGUCAUCGCUUCACUCGAUGAAGGCCCUCAGCCACCCUCGCUGGGAGGAUUUUGAAUAUGAGUAUAUCAAUGACAAUCCGAGUGGCUGGCUCGGUGAUGGGUGGACCGAGAAUGAAAAGAACAAGGUGAUCAAUGUCGACUAUCUGGAUGAUGAGGCGAUCGACUUUCCCACGCCGUCUGCUAAAUACUACCUGCAGAACGGGAGCGCAUAA